GAAUUUGAAUAGAUUACUUUCUUUUUGGAGUUUGAAUAGAUUACUUAAUGAAUUAAACUGGUACUAAAUCAUUAAAUAUUUUCAACCAUAAAUGAUAAAUGCAAGAACCAAUAAUACGUUAUUUUUGGAAGAUGUUAAAUAACAGUAGAUUGUAUUUAGAUUUGUUCUAUAAACAAAAACGAUGAUACAAUGACCAAUCAAUCCGUUGGUAAAAAGAUUCACCAGUCAGUCAGAAAUAAUAUUUUCCUCUCUUUCUUAGUGAAGAGUCUCACCGUCGAAAACUUUUGGCUUUUAAAUCUUUUGUUGUUUGUUUGUAAGAAAUCCGAGAUUGUAAAGUAUACGCGUAUUGUAUAUCAGAACUCGUUGGUCAGUUGGUAUAUCUGAAAUGUCGAUCGAAAACCAUGUCGAAGAAAAGCUUCGCUCAAAUAGACAAGAGAGAGAUCAGUUAGGCUGGAUAUCUGUUUUUUUCAGAAGGAAGAAGAGAUCACCACAAGAAGUUGAUAAUGAACAUAACUCAUCUAAAGAUUCUCGUUUGAUGGGAAGAAACAAAGCCAAGAAUUUGCAUUUGUUUCUCUCUGAGAUCAUGAGAAAACUGAAACAUGCAAUCAGAAAGGAGAAACCGCGGUACGACAGGAGAUUGUUAGGGAAGGAAAAAAGCUUUCAGAAGUAUUCGUCAACUAAAGAUCAUUUCUUUCUCGAGCGCAUGACUUCAAUAUCUCAAAAGAGAUUUAACCAAGGACACUAUGGGUCUAAGAUGUUAAAGAAUGGAGAUUAUGAUCCAAACAUGGCAACGAGCAAACAGGUUCAAAGAAAUCAAGAAAGGACUUUAUGGCUUCCCGAGUAUUCGUCUCCUUUUAGCAGCCCGGGAAGAAUAUGGAAACAGAAUUCAAAAACCGUGCUUUCGAGAUCUUCUUCAGACGAUUUCAUGAAGUCUGAAACAAUUGCAGAUGAUUCAAUAACUAUGAAAGAGGUAGGAACUGCUUCAUCAAGUGAAGGUAGUAGUAGCCCUCUUGUAUCCAAAAACAACCAGAUUGUUGAUGAGAUGUCAAAAGUUGCAGCUUAUGGUGCAGAGAAUGAAGGUGAAAUCUUGGAAGAGACACUGUCUCUUCCCUCUGUGGGCUCACCAUCUCACUGUAUAUCCAAAACUGAGGAAUAUGACUUAGUUCUUGAACCACUAUUCAUUGAAUAUGAGAUAAGUCCAGCAAGAGGUGAAGCAAAGAUACAACCUUUGAGUAACCAAUUGCAAGAAAAGAAUCGUCCUAUGGAUGACAAAGAAUCAGUGUUUAAGUACGUAAAAGCGGUGUUGGAUGCAAUAGACUCAAACUGGGAAGAGCUGUAUCUGAAAACAGAAUUCUCUGACCAGCUUCUAUAUCCGGCAUUGAUCAGCAACAUACCAUUCUAUCCAAAUCAGCUUUGUGUUGAACAUGAGCUCCUCUUCGACUGCAUCAAUGAAGUUCUCUUCGAAUUCUGCAGGUUUCCUCAAUGGGUUUCCUUUAUUGAAACCAGAACCCAAGUCUUGUCGUUUAGUGUUGAAAGCAUUGUUCCCGAGGUUCAAGAAAAGGUUUACCGUCAUCUCUUGCCAAUGCAACUCCGUCGAUCGUUGGAACAAAGAGUUAGAGAAGACAUGGCUAAACACAGGAGCUGGAUAGACAUUAGAUGUGAACUUGAGUGCAUUGGCUUUGAGACUAGCGAAUUGAUUCUGAAUGAACUAUUGGAACAACUCAUGGUUGAGCUUGACUUAUGAAGAGAAUACAUCACAAAUGGUGAAAUUGCAUUAAGAUAUGUAAACUGUAAAGUAACAGAGAUUUUAGAGGUUAAAUGUUAUUAUUAUCCAAAAUACCCCAAGUCUUGGAGGUUAAAUUAAAAUGUUAACUUUAAAAUGGGUAUUUUGGGAAUUUCAUCUAACCCAUAUUGAUUUCCUUUUUUGUGUUUAGUAAUUUCCAUUCUUAAAGCAAACCAAACUCAGACGUGUUUAUAAAUAUAGCAGUAACCCCAGAGACCAUCUAUUCGAUCGCAAUUUCCUCUCUUUCCCAUCAACUGCAAACGAUCUUUGAUUUUUUUUUUUCUCUUUCUCUUGUAAUUCUUUUUUACUCAGAUUACUCGUGAUCUUUAAUCCACUCUUCAAAUCAAGUAAUCUAAUUGAGUGUGUAUGUUCGAUUUCUGAAGCAAAACAACAAAAUCGAUUUUCGUUUUUCGGGGAGGUUAUGAUCAGAAAGGUAAAGUGAAGACUCGCCGACAAAGACUCUCUGAUUUCAAAAGAUUUGCCAUCAUCUCUCCUCCGGCUUUUCGUCGUGGUUGUUGCUGCUCUGUUUUGUGUCGUAACCAUUAGAGAGACGAUCACAGUUUCUCAUUCACCGCCAUGUCAUCGAAGCUCUUUCAGCCCAACAAAGCCCAACAAGAAUAAAGAAGUCCAGCCCAUGACGAUAAUCGUCUCACAUUCCAACUUAUCGGCAAGAAGGUGACAGGGAUGACAUCGGAGACUCAAUUGAAUAAGCCAGAAACAGGUUGUAUCGCGUCCGUUGUUGUAGGCGGGUCAGAUCCCAAGAGAGGACAUCAUUCACCUGAUUGGAUAUGAUCAUCAUUGUAGCCCGCAUGUGCUGUCUGUUUUAGUCAAAGGCAAAAGAUUUAUUCAGCUAUUAAUGAUCCAACUAUUAACGUAUCGUUUGCUUAAGAUAAUCCGGUUUAUUAUCUUUGUAAAUUGGUUAAGUAAACAUUAAAUCUAAUAAAACCAAUGGCUAUGGAUAAUUAGAUGAGAACUAUUAUUUUAGGGAGAUUUUAGGAGAUAUAAGGUUAAAACAAUCGAUUCAGAGAGAUAUAGAUCGAGAAGUAUCGUUUCAGAGACA